AAAAAAUGGGAAGCUUCCCCCCAACUUAUGUAUGGCAACCUGGUGUGCAUCUCACUAAACAGGAAGUUUGAUGACGUCAUAUGGACAACUGUUUCCACAAGGGAUACAGAUCUGCUAAAUGAAAAUCAGAUCAUCCUGCUAGACUUGUUAGAUGAGAAUCGUAAGAGUAUAAGUGAAAUCGUAAGCUCGCUUCAUACACAAGCAGGUUUGGCUAUUAUGGUGGAAUCUCCAACAUAUUAUCGUUCCUUGAGUCCAAUUUUAAAAAGUCUGAAAGAAUUCGACAUGGAGAGCUUUCCUUUGCAAAAAGAGAUCGUGUACACAAAAGCUUCAAAAAAACUUCCACAGUAUUUAAGAAAGGCGACAUUCGAUACGUCGGUAGUUUUCCGGGAGACUUCCAAUCUGGACGAUGACUCGGAAGGAUUUUAUUCCAAUGAAUCGUCAGAGAAUAGUGAUGAUGAUGAUGACGAUGGCUCAGACAUACCUUCGGAGUAUUUGAUCAAGGAGACAUGUUCCAAAUUUACGCCUUCUUGGAAGAAUCCUAUUGACAAUGACUCAGACGUCAAUUAUUCGAAUGAAUCAUCAGAGAAUAGUGAUGACAAUGGCUCUGAAAUACUUACAGAGUAUACAAGCGAUGGAACAUUUUCAAAAUCGGCGCUCUUUGAGGAGAGUAUCUUAGAAGAUGACUCCUACGACAUUUAUUGGAAUGAAUCAUCAGUGAAUAGGGAUUACGACGAUGGUGAUAGUGACGCAGAGAUACGUCCACAGUAUUUAAGCGAGGAGAAUGACUCAGAAAACAUUUAUUCGAAUGAAUCUCCAAAGAAAACUAAUUAUGACAACGAUGAAAUUACACAUGGUUCAGAGGAAAGUCUAGAAGGACGCAUGUUAGUCAAAAAUUUCUUAAAAACUUUUAAAAAAAGUAAAAAUACAUCUUUGGAAAAUAGUCAAAGAAGAGCGUUGGUGCAAGCGUUGAAGAACAGAAUUGGAGUUAUUCAAGGUCCACCUGGCUGUGGUAAAACGUUCAUUGGUUUGAAAAUAGUUCAGUUGUUGCUAUCACUGUCUCCAAAAUUGGAGAAACCAAUUUUACUGUUGACGUACAAGAACCACGCUCUUGACGAGUUUCUCAAAAACAUGUUAGAUUUUUGUGACUUAGAUGAUAUGGUAAGGAUUGGAAGUCGAUCGAAAGAACCUCGAUUGGAGUCUUGUAACUUAAACAAUCUUCGGAAAAAAUUUAAAUACGACAAAGCUACCAGCGCUGAGAUUUACAACAUUUUAUGCGAAAUAAACAACACUGAAGAAAAAAUUGAGAGAAUUUCAAAAGAGCUGGAGCGAAGCUCGUACCUCACGCAAAGUAGUCUCGUCGAUGAGAUGGAGGAAGAGCAACUGAAAUCAUUUAUCGCAAACGCUCCAUGGGGACAAAGUGGAUUGGUUUGGAAAAACUCUGCGAAAAAGAUCGUCGAUAAAAGGUGGAUGGAGUUACAAUUACAAAAAGCGGUGAUGCAAUAUGGCUCCAUCAAAGAAUGCAUUCAAAAGGGAUUACGUUGCAGUUUAUCACAGAAGGAUGUCGUUAGUUACUACUGUGUCUAUGCUUUUCAAAAAGUCUUGGAUUGUUUGUUACCAAGUAGAAAGGAGCUACAACGUAUGAAGCAGUUUCAGUCAGAGUUUAUAAUACAGAUCGAUGCAGAAAAUAGAAACAGUGAAGAAACGCAGCAAACUGAAGACGUGACAAAUGAAGAAGACAGCGGUGACGAAGAUUAUGUAAAACAGCUCACAGAAACUAGAAUAGAGGCAGCAGCUAAACAGAUAGAUUCCAAAAACCUAAUUCUAUUUGAUUUUAAGAAUAAAGAAAAUAGAAACGAUGUAUUGCUUAGCAUAUCUGACUACCCUCCUAAUAUGGUUGUGAGUUCUCAAAUACGCUCCGUGCAAAAUAUAUGGAGUUUGAACGAGUUUCAAAAAUUGCAGUUCCUUUACGCCAUCAUGAAUGAUAAAACGAGUAGUAUGUCGCAGGAAUUAAAUGAUUUAGUUAAUCGGUUACAGACACUGAAAAGUCAAAAAGAAGAGUUAGAAAUUACGGAGAAAGUCAUGCACCUGUCAAAGAAAAAGAUCAUUGGUGUAACCAUCACAGGAGCAUCUAUUAAUCAUGACCUACUUCACCAAAUUGAUCCGAGUAUCGUGAUCGUGGAAGAAGCUGCUGAAAUACUCGAGCCCAGUUUGCUCGCAGCGCUCACGCCAUCCAUUCAACAUCUCAUUCUGAUUGGAGAUCAUAAACAGCUCAGACCACAGGUCGACACAUAUAAGCUGUGUAAAACAUUUCAAUUUGAUAUCUCCAUGAUGGAAAGAUUGAUAAAAUCUGGUUUCCCAUACAAAUCACUUGUAAAGCAAAACCGAAUGCGUCCCGAGUUUUCAGCAUUGCUCAAAGAUAUUUAUCCAUAUCUUAAAGAUAAUCUUCCUUUGGUGUCACAGAACGAGCCGCCAAAGUGUAUUGAGAAAUCCAUGUUUUUUUGGUCUCACAAUGAUCCUGAAAUUAAAGAUAGAACUUACAAAAACCCCAAAGAAGCUGAACGAAUCAUACAACUUAUUAAAUAUUUGUUAUGUAACGGUAUACAGCCGGAACACAUAACGGUGCUUGCAGCAUACUUAGGUCAAACUAAACUACUUCGACAACUAAUCAAAGCUGAAAAUAUAAAAAUCAAUCAAUACAACAAAGAAGAUCGUGAUAACUUUAUGCAAGUACAAACGAUCGACAUGUACCAAGGCGACCAAAACAAAUACGUUAUAAUCUCGUUGGUUCGUUCUAACGAUGAAAACAAGAUUGGGUUCCUCAAAAAGAUCAAUCGUCGUUGCGUUGCUCAAUCGAGAGCAAAAUGUGGCAUGUACUUUGUGGGAAAUUCAGAUACACUACGUGGAGCGAAGGAUUCUUGCUGGUCUUCGCUUGUUUCAUCCUUAGAAGACCAAGGAUGUUUAGGGAAUGAAAUACCACUGCAGUGUGUCAAACACAGUACUUCCAAGUAUUUUGCAAAGGAUGGUGAUAGCAUCCGUGCAUUGAUUGCAAAGCCAAAGUUACUGUGCCAACAAAGAUGCGGUGAUUACUAUCCUCAUUGUGACCAGCAUCCAUGUAGGUUGUCUUGUUUUCCAAGACACAACCAUUAUGAAUGCCCAGUGUUGGUUGAUGACAAAUUUCCGGGUUGUGGCCAUGAUGUAACGCGAAAAUGCGCAACAAGCAUCACCCAGUUACACUGUCAAACCAUAGAAACAGUUCAGCUUGAUUGUGGUCAUAAUAUUGAGAAGAAAUGCUCACAAAAUAAAAAUGAAUUGAAAUGCAAAGUAAUGGUAACGGCUACAUUUCCCACAUGUGGUCACACGAUCGAGAAAAAAUGCCAUGUAGAUAUUAACCUUAUCAAAUGUCUACAUCCUUGUAAAGAAAUGAAUUCGUGUGGAGUCCAUCAAUGCCAGAAAAAGUGCGGAGAACAUCAUGGACACGAUACAUGUGAUGUAAAGAUUGAUUACGUCUUUCCAGACUGUGGUCAUCCAUCACCAAAGAAAAAAAAAUGUUCCGAACCAAUAACUUGGAAAUGUCGCUACAAGACACCGUUUACAUGCAAAUAUGGCCACGAAAUCCAGAAGGAAUGCUGUCAAAAUGACAAGGAAGUAAUAUGCCCUGUUAAACCUUGUGGCAGGUUACGUAAAUGUGGUCAUCCUUGUGAAAAUGUUUGCGGGGAAGAUUGCGAGAAAGGUGAGUGUAAGCAUUGUCAUAGAUUAUUUUGCAAAAAGAUGAAGGAAUUUCGAGCUGCAGCAAAGAUGCGUGUUAAUGAACUUGAGGGGAAAAUUAACAAAGCAGACAUUCCUAAGUUUUCAAGAGAUGAAUUACGCGACAGUGGUCCUACAGCUGCAGAGUAUCAGAAAGUGAAAGAUCAAGUGCUUAAAUUUCUUCAACCUUGUUUCAACUGGUUUCCAAGAAUUACAAAAAUCGAUAAAAUCACAAAUCUUGUACUAGAAAAAAAUUUCGAAGCAGCUAAAUCCAAGGCAUUUGGUGACUACAUUGACACAAAAGUUUAUGAUACGUCCACAAAAGAUUUACGAAGUAUCAUUCGUGAAGGUUUCAAAAUGCCCCCAGCCAAACUCAAACCACCAAAUAAGCCUGGAAUGUUUGGUGAAGGAAUCUAUUUCUCCACAGAUUCUUCGAAAAGUGCCCAGGAAAUCUACACAAAAGGUCAUCAGACGUUGCUCCUGUGUCAGAUCAUGCUUGGAAAAACAUUGACAGUGAAAGAGGCGGAUUAUACAUUAAACAAGAAAAAACUAAGAUCCCAAAACUGUGACUCCGUGUACGCCCCACGUGGAACAGCUGUGAUAAAUGACGAAUUUGUGAUUUUUGAUCCAGAUCAAGCUCUUCCGCAAUACAUCGUUCAAUUCUCUAACAGCAAAAACGUUUUACCUCCAUCUCCCUCAAUCUAUACCACAGAGUCGUUCAGCAAAAAAAGGAUGUAUCCGAGUAGAGAGAAAAAUUUUCAAGAUCCGUUUGAGAUGCAUUACCAUUUUGCUGAAUCUCACUUUAGACGAAUGUCUGCCAACAGCAGUUUAAAGAAUGUAAAUAUCACUGCCAUUGAUAUUGUCAUAAAUAAGGAUCUUGAAAACAAGUUUGAAGCAACAAAGACGAAAUUUCGUGAUGAAGGUAUUCCAGAUAAAGAAAUUCUCGCAUAUCAUGGAACAGAUAAGAAAAACAUCGACAGUAUUCUCCAGAAUAAUCUUCAGUUAGGUUUUGCACAAAGACAGAUGUAUGGUUAUGGAAAUUAUUUCUCUGAGUUCCCUGAAGUCAGUAUUCAUUAUGGCGAUGGGUUAUUGCUAUGUCGAAUUCUUCCUGGAAAGGAAUUCAUAGAUUCUAGCUCCGCUAAUAUACCAUGUGGUUUUAAUUCAAAGAAAGUUGUCAGGCAACGUCUCGGUCUUCGUUGUGCAAGUGUUGAUGCUUCUGCUUCCUCAAAUAUCAGUGGAAAAAUAAUCAUCAUUGAAAAUUCUGACCAAAUUUUACCUUACUUUGUCAUCCAUCGUUAAAUGACAAAAUAUUUUUACGGUUAAAAUAAACCUUAUGCAAAGAAACAAUCAUCAAUGAACACGAAAACUAAAUCCAUGAUUUGGAAAAUUUACUAAAGAUAAAAAAUCGAUUGAUCUUGGAGAGAAAGAAUGUAAAACCCUUGGUAAUGCCCAUUUUCCAUCCAUGAAACAACAAAAAAGCCGUAAGACAUUUGCUCAGCUACUUCUUACAUUAAAUAAUACAACUACAAUAUUAUCACCGUUCCCGAAGAAAAGAAACAUAAAAUAAUUUAGCAGCAUUUUUCGUCGUCCGCACUACAUUCAGAUAGAUCCAAUAAUUCACGGCAUGCAUUAUAGUCAGUGUCAUCUUACGUGCUGCUGAGGAAGGAAUGCUGAAAUUUAUAAAAUUAGUGAACCAGUUGUAAAUGUUUUUAUAUGAUGCAUAAUUUCCAAAUUUGUGAGAGUUGUGCCAAUGUAAACCUUAAAUUUAUCCUUUUAGCCUUAAA